AUGAAUGUUCAGGAUAUCAAUUUCGUAUCUUGUGAAAAUGAAGAUUCUAGUGGGCUAUUUUUUUGUUUGACGAUUCUACCAUAUUUCUUUGACAUGGUUGCUAUACCAUUGUUAUUGUGUAUCUGUAUAAAGGCUGUUCAAGAAUAUGAAAGAGCCGCCAACAACUACCUAGUUUGCGAUAUCAGCAUCCACUGGUUGCGAACGUUAACUUUAUCAGGAGGGGCAAAGGGACCAUAUAUAUUACCAUGUAUUGAACAAUAUACAAAAUUUGAUUUAAGAACUAAAUUGUUUGAUAUCUCUCUACAAGAGGUACUAACAAGAGACAUUUCAGUCGAUGCUGAGGUCUACUGUAAAAUAUCAAACCCUACAGUGGCUGUGGUCGAUGUUCAAAAUGCUGCUCACUCUACUCAGCUUCUUGCUCAAACAACUCUCAGAAAUGUCUUUGGUAGCAAAAAUUAA